AUGUCGGAAUAUGUUCCUCCUCUGCAAGACGCAGCAAGUACUUCAUCUCGAACGCGCAAUGGGGAAAAUCGCAACGAUACUGUCUCACAAGCUAUAACAAGUUGGCCAGCGGCAGUUACUGACAGGAAAGAAAGUUGUCCCAUUUGUUUUGACAUCAGUACGUAUCACACAUCAUCUAUCCCUAUAUAAUCAUAAUUCAAACUUACACAACGAAUAGUUACAGGGACAGCACCGGGAAAAGAUGAUAAAAUUAACAUGGAGAUUCAACUUGCAUCUUCGAAAUUCUGUUGGCCGGAAUGGCCAGUUAUCACACCUUGCAAACAUAGAUUUGGUAGUGUCUGUUUAGGACGUUGGCUUCUUCAUUCCGAUUCUUGUCCUCUUUGUCGUACAAAGCUCGUGUCUCAUCAAACGACAUCAAUGCAUAUUUAUGAUCAACCAAUACAGCGGGCCCACUCCCUCGGAGCUCUAGAUAUCUUCCGAGAACCUAGCUAUACAACAGGGACAGAUGUGCAAGAUAUGAAUUAUAUCCAAACGGUUUUAUCCCGUUCGACAUCCUCAGGUAAUGGGAGAAGCAUGGAUGAAUUUGAACGACAGAGACUCAAUACCAGGAUGGGAGGAUUAGCUUAUGUAGAUCCUAGAAAUAUUGCGAGGGCGAGGUCAAAUUGGUGGACUAUUCAAGCCCAUAUUCCCCCUGCUACUACCACUACGCAUGGUCACCCUGAUACUCCUACUUCCGUGGAACGUACACCAGAGUAUACCCGUCGCACAUAUGAGAAUGUCAAUAUUACGAGUUAUGAAUUGAGAAAUCAAGCAAACAGUAAUACUCAACUUACGGACAGAACUAGGGAAGCGAUUAAUACUCGAUGGCGCAAUUUGGAUUUCCUAAACAAUAAUCGCCGUCCCCUGGAACCAAUCACAAUAGGAACGAGAAACGCAUACUCGGUAGCUGAUGUGGUAGGUUUAGCUAUGGGCGUAGGAACUGUAGUUGGAAUGCCUAGAGGCGAGCGAACAAUACCAAGGGGAAGAGAGAGGACAAUACCAGCGGGAGAAGAGCCUAGCGUUCCCUUCACAAGAGAAUCGAGCAGUAGUUACUCAAUCAUUAACGCAAUGAGUCAAGCUCUGGGAGUAGGAACUGUGUUUGCAAUGCCCCGAGCCGAAUGGAGGAAUUCGAACCACCGAAGAAGACGAAAUAAUUCACCAAGUGAGUCAAUAAGGAAUAUCAGCAUCAACAAUCAGGAACCACGGGAAAUGAUCAGAACAAAUGAGGAAACCAGAACAACUGAGGACCCCAUGACCAGACGUAGAGAAAAUUCUACUCCAGCGCAUGAUUUGUCGGAUUUACCCGGAUUAGCUAGUAGUAUGUGGGCGCGUCCUUGGGGUUGA